CCUCUGGACAAGGAAGGAAAUGGGCAAAAAUGUUAACAUUUAUUAAAUCCAGGCAGUGGGUACAUAGUUGUUUAGUAUAUGUGAUACUCUCUGUGCUUUGUCUAUUAUUUAUUUGAAAUAGUUUCAUUUUUUUAAAAAGUUAGCCGGAGGCCAGGGUAUGAGGCGUAUUGGAAGCCUUCCUCCUUUUUCCAAACACUCUUUUGUCUUUUAAUUCUUUAUAGAUACAGCUUCCACAGUCACUUUGCAUCUAUAUAUUGGUUUGUGUCCUGUCACCACCAGAUCAAGGAGGAGGGUUAAACACUUUAAGAUGAGAAAAAUUAAUCUGUGUUCGAGUUCUGAGGGGACCGAAGUGAUUUUAGCUACAUCAAGUGAUGAAAAACACCCACCUGAAAAUAUUAUUGAUGGGAAUCCAGAAACAUUUUGGACCACAACAGGAAUGUUUCCCCAAGAGUUCAUUAUUUGUUUUCACAAACAUGUAAGGAUUGAAAGGCUUGUAAUCCAAAGUUACUUUGUGAGGACCUUGAGGAUUGAAAAGAGCACAUCUAAAGAGCCAAUUGAUUUUGAGCCGUGGAUUGAAAGAGAUCUAGUCCACAAGGAGGGGCAGCUUCAAAAUGAAGAAAUUAUGACCCGAGAUGGCCACGCCACUCAUUUGAGAUUCAUUAUUAUAUCAGCCUUUGAUCAUUUUGCAUCUGUGCAUAGUGUUUCUGCAGAGGGACUAGCAGUCUCAAAUCUUUCUUAGUAAUUAUAACAAAAUACUCUUGCAUGGUUUUUUAACAAUAUAUUUAUUUAAACAUGAAGUUGUCAUUGAUAUGCCUUAUUAAAGGGAUUUGUAUUAAUCUGUUUCAGUUUUUAAUUUCUCUUCAACAUUUUGUGCAAAGGAAUUUGGUUCAUUAGUCAGGAGUGAUGGCCGCCAUGUAGACUAUAAGAAAGCUCUCACUUCAAUGUACAACUUAAUAAAGGAAAUGACCAUAUAUGAAAACUUAACUGAUAAUACAUUGUGUCCUCACAGCAUCUCACAAGGUGCCCUUCAGAUCUCAGUGCAUUAAUUUUUUUAGGUUCAGUGCAUUCAUUUUUUAAUUUGUUGAUUGAUGAAAAGGGCUAAGUGAGCAAUAUAGACAGUAAAUGUAUGAGUUCAGAAAAGAAAAAGGACUUAUGGGAAGGUUUCAUGGAGGCCAUGGAACUUGAGCUGGGCCUUGUCCAAAAAAUUUUAUUUUUUUCUUUUAAUUUAAUUUUUGCCUUGAUUUGAAAAUCUCAGAGAAGAAUUAGGAUAAAAACAUAAUCUGACUUCCCACAGAGAACCAUUAUUAAUAUUAAUUGAUUUUUUUUGUAUAUGUUGGGGAGGUAGGGAACAGGAUAGGACAGACUGAAGGAAAAUACAACUUUUCUGAAUAUACUUUAUAUAGCUUGACUUUUGAAAACAUAAAUAACUAAUAUAGCCAAAAAUUAAAACAAAAAAAGUCCAGAAUAUUGAAAACAAACAGAAAUGCACGAACCUAACUUUAUCACAAGUUGAUAAACACACAGGAAACAGUGGCAUUAGAACAUAGUAUUUUGUCUGUGUGGUUCAUAUUAGUUUCUUGGGGCUGCCAUAAUAAUGUACUAUAAACUUGGUGCCUUAAAACAAUAGAAAUUUGUUGUCUCACAGUUUUAGAGGCUAGAAGUCAGAAAUCGAGGUAUUAACAGGGUUUGUUCCUACUGGAAGUUCUGAGGGACAAUCUGUUCCAUGGCUUUCUCUUAGCUUCUGGAGUGGCUGGCCGUCCUUGGCAUUCCUUGGCUUGUGGCACUGUAGCUCGUGUCUGCCUCUGCCUUCAUAUGGCAUUCUCUUUGUGUGUCUUCACAUCAUCUUCCCUCUGUGCAUAUCUGUUUCUGUGUAUCUCCUCCUCUUCUUAUUAUCAGUCAUAUUGAAUUAGGGCGCAGCCUACUCCAGUAUGGCUUCAUCAUACCUAAUUACAUCUGUAACAAUCAUAUUUUCAAGUAAGGUCCCAUUCACAGGUACCAAAGAUUAAGACUUCAACAUGUCUUUUUGGAGACAUAGUUCAACCCAUAACAUAAUCUUAGUGAAGUAUGUUUGUGAUAGUUAAUUUUAUCUGUUACAUAGCCUGGGCCACAAUGCCCAGAUGUUUGUUCAAACAUUCUGAAUGUUUAUGUGUGGGGUAUUUUUGGUAGGAGAUUAGCAUUUAAAUUGGUAGACUUUGAGUAAAGCAGAUGGCCUUCCAUCCCAUCAGUUGAAGACCUUCAUAGGACAAAGAUUGGCCUUUCCUGGACAAGAAGGAAUUCUGCCGGUAGACAGCGCUCAGACUUAUACAACAAUCUCUCCAGCCUGUCAGCCAACCCUACAGAUUUUGAACUCGCCAGACUUUGUAAUCAUAUGAGCCAAUUUCUUAAAAUCAAUCUCUCUCAGUCUCUGCCUCUCUCGCAUUGUUUUCAUAUUUGCAUAUAUAUGAUGGGAGGCCAGGGAGACAGUAGCCAUUGCUGCUAUCACCUACUACAAUUAAACACUCUGUGCUCCUGAUGUGAUGCAACAGGAAGCACACAGGCCAACCUCUGAAGUCCUUUUGCCAAAAUUACUGAGCCUGAAUUGAAUCAAGUUUUAGAGUUAACUUCCAUUUUUCGGGAAAUACAGGGAUGGAAAAACAAGUAAAAUGACACCACAGGGCAGCAAAUGGACUAGUAGCCAUUUUGUAGCUCACCAAAAUGCCCAGAUCUGUGCCCUUCCUACACAUGGUGAGAUAGACUUCCUGGCCUUCUUUGUUUGGGUAGGGCCAUGUGACCAAAUGUGGGCAAUGAGAUGAGGGGAAAGUGGUAGCUAGGCCUGCAUGAGACCCUUCAAAGCUCUUUUCUUUCUCUGUCACGAUGACUGGCAAUGAUGUAACUACUUCACCAGUCUAGGUCUGGAAGUGAGCCUGACGAUAGCAGGGAGCAGACCUCUCAAUGUGAGAUGGACAUACAGAAAAAAAAAAAAAACAAAGCUUCAUUGUUUUAAGCCGGUGAAAUUUGGACUAUGACCUGGCCUAUCCUGACCGAUUCACAGACAAGUCUAAAAUAUAGAUUAUCCUACAGAACAAGUGCCCUGGUUUCUUCAACAAGUCAGUGGCAUGAAAAAUGGUAAUUAAUUAAGGAAGGCGUCCACUCUAGAUUCAGAAAGACAUUAAGAGCCCCAAUAGCCACAUGCCAUGUGGGGGAUGUUAUUUGGAUGCUGAUUUGACAAAAAGACUGAAAAUCAGACAUUUUAAAGAUAUUUGGGGAAUAUCCAUAUGCUUAUGGAUUGAUUGUUACUGUUCCAUUUUGCUAGCUGUGUUACUGGCAUUAAGCUUAGGUAAGAAAAUGCUUGUAUUUUUCAGAGAUGCAUAUCGAAGUAUAUAGGGGUAAAAUGCCCUGAUAUCUGGGAUUUGCUUUAAAACAUUUAAGCAGAUUUUUUAAGGGAAAAGGUGUUAGUUGAAACAAAUAUGGCAAUAAAUGAUUAGAUCUGGGUGGUGGAUAUAUGGGACUUUACUGCACCCAACUCUCUGUGUAUGCUUGACAGUCUUCAUUAUAGAAAAAUAAAAAUCAGUACUGCUACUGAGGGUAUCUUUGUGCAAAAACCUUUGCCUGCCCCUCAAAUGAUUUCCUUAGAGGAGAUUCCCAGAAGGGAAUUGGUCAAAGUUAGGAACAGUUUUAAGAUUCUUAAUACUUCCUGAUAAACCACUUACCAAGAUUUGUUGCACAGAUUCACUCUUAGAAAGGUAGGCUUUAGAAACAUGGAGGAGAGUAAGGUAUUUCAAGAGCAAUGCUGGUGUGAUUGAAGAUGUGAAGGGGAGUACUCUGUCAUCAAACACAUUUGCGGAAUGAUGAAUUUUUAAGUCUGACUAGGGCGAAGAAUAAGACUAAAACCAUACAUUACAGUCAGAUCAUAGAGAGCUUUUAAUGCUUUCAAAUAUUUUCCCUUAACACUGGAGCCAGUUAAGGCUUUUGAGAAGGAAGGUGACUUAGAGCAAUUGUGUUCAUGUUCAAUAAAAUGAAAUGCUAAGGAUUUUCUUUUGGCCAACUUCCUAAACUGAAAUGUCAAUGAUUCUUUGUGUAAGAAACAGGGUUAAGGCUCGCAGAUUGCUGGAAGGGAUCUCCGGGGGUUGUCUGAUUGAUCUCUUUGGCACAGGCCUAGUAAAUUAUCUCUAAGCCUUUUUUCUCUGUGUCUGUCUUCUGUGGAUGCAGAGAACAAGUUAUCAGGGUAGUGCUUGUAAUACCACUUUAUGCUACUUAAAAACAGCAUUCUUUAACCUUCGCUUUCCUGGACUUUAAAAAUUCAUUUCACCUUAUAAAAACCUCUCCAAAUUUCAAGCAAUAGGUAUAAUAAUAUGUGGCUUUAUCUUUUUUCUUUUUUCUUCACUGCUGAACCCAUCAUCUUUUUAAAGUCUCAUUUGUCCCCAGUUGGCUUCCUUGAGCC